AUGGGCACUGACCAAGGGAAACAGCAGUACCAAACCUUUGUCCAGAAGACCGCUGCUCCCCGCGCCAGGCCUCGAAGACCUGGCUUCGGCGAGUCCCACACUAUGAAUCCAAAGGGUUGGGUCCGCGACUUGACCGGUUAUUUCUUAUAUGUCCUUUUAAUAAGCACACUCGGCCCGCUAUUGUUCGGUUUCCACCUGUCUGAACUCAACACCCCGCAAGAUGUAAUCACUUGCAAAAAGCACUCCAUACACAGCACAGCUGUAGAAGACAAGCUUCCCCAAUGCAUACCCAUGAACGCUAAGCAAUGGGGUCUUGUCGGCUCAAUAUUCACCCUCGGCGGUCUCAUCGGAGCACUGUCUGUCGGUCCGUUAGCAGCCCGAUACGGCCGCCUUCGAUCCAUGCAGACGACCACAGUCUUCUUCAUUAUCGGUCCCUUAUUCGAGGCCUUCGCGCCCAACAUUGGGACUAUGGCUGCGGGGCGCUUCAUCAGCGGCAUUGGCGCAGGAGCCUCUGUGGUCGUCGUACCUAUCUAUAUCUCAGAGGUUGCACCACCGGCCGAGAAGGGCUUCUUUGGCGCGUUCACGCAGGUGCAGACCAAUGUUGGCAUUCUGGUUACCCAGAUGUUGGGGUAUUUCCUCAGCCACGGACAGUACUGGCGUAUCAUCCUCGCAGCUGCCGGGGGGAUCGGUCUUCUUCAAUUAGCUGGACUCUUCUUCAGUGUCGAGAGUCCCAAGUGGAUGGCCGAUCAAGGGAAACCUUCGGCCGCCAAGAAAACUCUCAGGAGGAUCAGAGGACAUCAGUUUGAUAUUGACGACGAAGUGAGCGGAUGGGGCAUAGAGAGCAGCGAAGAUAUCGAGGACGAAGAGGAGACGCUGCUGAAUAAUGAAGACCGGAUGUCUCACCACAGCGGAAGCUCGAGCAAGAGCAAGAUGGCGAAGCAGGAGAUCCAAGGCAUCUGGCAGGUCUUGAGGCACCCUGAGACGAACAAGGCGGUUGUGGCCGUUAUUAUGGUCAUGCUUGCGCAGCAACUCUGCGGCAUCAACUCCAUAGUUAUGUACGGCGUCUCGCUCCUCGCGGACCUUCUCGAGUCCAACUCCGCUCUCCUCAACCUCUGCGUCAGCGCCAUCAACAUUGUCGUCACCAUAGCAUGCGCACCCCUAGCCGACAAACUCGGCCGCAAACCCUGCCUCAUCGCCUCCAUCGCCGGCAUGGGCACUUCCGCCACGCUGCUAGGCAUCGGCAUCAUCCGCUCCGUGCCCAUCCUCUGCGCCAUCGCUGUCCUCACCUUUGUUUCCUCCUUUGCUCUCGGCCUUGGGCCAAUCCCCUUCAUCCUCUCCUCUGAGCUGGUCGGACCGGAGGCGGUGGGCGCGACGCAGAGUUGGGCCUUGGCAGCGAAUUGGAUCGCUACGUUCCUCGUUGCGCAGUUUUUCCCUAUACUGCAUGAUAUGCUGAAGGGAAAGGAGUUCUUCAUCUUCACAGCCUUGGCGGCGGUUUUUGGCGGUUUUGUUGCGUGGUUCGUUCCGGAGACGAAGGGAAAACAGACGGCGGAUGAGGUUUGGGGCCGUGAGCGGAGGGAAGAUUGA